GAUCAGAGAUGUCGUGAACUGGUCUUCAAGCCUGAACAAACAUUCAACGGAAAACGUUUACUUAAUCACAUUGUAAAUAUCGUUGAAGUCGUUGAUGAGGAUUCGUGUGGUUAUUUAUGUUUCAUGGAACCUAACUGCGCUAGUUACAAUUUUGAAAUACCGACUAGUCAAGCUGGAGUCCACAAAUGUGAGCUGAACAACUCUACUCACGAAAGCAACGAAGAUGAUCUGGUGAACGAUCAAAAUUUCGUUUAUCGCGGAACUAAGGUGAGCUUAGGCCCAAGUGUUCCGAAGAACUUGCUCGCAGGCUACAGCCUCAUGUUUGCAUGAGACCGGUUUUUAAGAACUGGCCCCAGUUUUUAAAGCUAUCCGUUAAAUAAAUCUAUAUCUAAAGGAUGACUCAAUUUGUUUCCUUACUAAAUACUUACCCGCUGGAUGGUGAUUUAUCCGCGGUGGAUAUAUCCAACGUUUGAACAACCAGCAGGGCCUGCUCAAGAAGUUUCGUUUGAAUUGUCAAACUGAGAUGGAAUUACAUCACCAAGACAACUGUUAAUUACUUUAUGGAAAACAAAUACUGUUUUUUUUUGCAUCACUUACUGCAAAACAAGUGUUUGCCUUGGGCCGGUAAAACGCGCCACAUUUACAGAGUUUUUUUGCAAAAAGUAGAACUACUCUCUACUUGCUGCAAAGACUUUUCGCAACCUGCAACAACCUAAUUUGUUACAAGACAGGUUUGCUUCGUGGGUGGUAAAUCAGGCAAGCUCGUUUUGCAACAAUGUUUUUUAAACAAGUUGCACGUUUUUAUGCCCGUUUUAUCCUAGCUUUAGGUUAUUAAAAUGUGUUACUUCCAUUUCCAUUCAAAUACUAAAUUUAUUUUCUUAAGGAUCGGCAAGAGAGGCUGGAGGUAAUUUGGAAAAAUAACCGGUUGCCCCAGUUGGGGACGUGAACACGAAACAUUUUUAUUCUUCACUUUCCUCUAGAGUGCCUGUGUCAACAACCCCUGCAGGAACAACUCAACUUGUCAAACUGGUUUCACAAGCAAAAAGUAUCGUUGUUUGUGUACUUCAGGUUUUACUGGCGAGCACUGUGAAAACGGUAGGAGACCUGAAAAACUCGUUAGAAGUGCACCAGCCUUGUUCCUAGAGUCUUCUCUCUUCUCGUUUAUAAAGGAAAAGAGAGGACCUUAGUUAUGAGGUCGUCUGACAACCGUUCUAGUAUCACGCGCGUCGCGCAGAGCAACUUCGUCUCUGUAACUUUUCCCUUUUCCCUCCCUUUUUCUAACAGUAAAGUCCUGGGGACGAGGUUGUGCACAGCGCUCCUCCUUAACGCUCCUCCCCAAAGGAGGAGUUUUGCAUUACGAGACAAAAAACAUGUGCGCGAGCAGGAUCCCAUAAUCCGGAGUGAGCAACUUCCAUACUAAACCUUUGUCACGGCGUUUUCACGGUCUGGUUUAUUUUUAGACACAUUUUAGGGCAAUUUUUCCCUCGAAAUGGAAUCUCCGCCACGUCUAUGAACGCAUUAAAGGAAAACGUAAGGUUAUUAAAACGAACAAAUUAUCAUUUUUAGGUGUGUAGGUUUGGUUGACUGGUUUUUGGGACUUCAAAGAUAUUCUAAAUUCGCGCCAAAUCGUUCUAAAAAUAAACUGGUCUGUGAGAACGCCGUGACAAGAGUACAUGGAAGUUUCUCGCUCCAGGUUAUGGGCUCCUGGCGUGAGAGACUAGAUAUCAAAUGAUUCUCAUAAAGGUAGACAUUGUUAAGGUAGGCUCGAGAUACUCUUAACUUCUUGAGAGAAGUUUUUGAAAAAAGGCGGUAGAAAUUCCAUGCUUUUUUUAGGAGUAAUGAGAUACUAGCCUUUUCACAUACGUUUCUUUUUAUAACAAAUUAUUUUUAAGCAAUUUGACGAGGGCGCCAGCGUUAGCGGUCGUUGAAUCCCGCACUGUUUUAGGUGCGCUCGGUGAUCACUACAGCUUACUGUUGGGUACGUCUUGUUAGAGACCAAAAGAAAACUAAUUAAGGCAUUCGAGUGAGCGUGGUCAAUAAAGCAAAUUAUAUGCAAACAAAAUCUUAUCUUGCGGUAAGAGCAAGAUACGUCCACCUUGCCCACUCGGGUAGCCAAUCAGGAAACAGGACUCGUGUGAUCUUGUUCUCUCGCAUAGUCAGUCAUAAAAUAACAUAGCAUUAUAAAGACCCAUUGUCUAGCAAUGAACAAAACUAAGGCUUCAAUGUCCAAAAGUACUUUACUGGCCUUCUAAGCUCCAGAAAAUGAAUUUUUAAUUCCUUAAAUGACAAUUUUUUAGGUCUUCACAGUUAUCAAAAGGGUCUAUAAUGUUUUGUUUUGCAAGAAGUCAGUUUGUUAGAAGGUAAGCCUACUCGCAAACAAAAUCGAUCGGUCAUUGUCGAGUUUGUUAGAACCGUUUCUAUUUUCCUUAGAUAUCAAUGAGUGCGCCGCUGGAACACAUGACUGCAGUCCAGAUGCUUUAUGCGUCAAUUUGAUAGGAUCCUACAACUGCACUUGUAAACAGGGAUUUCUUGGAAAUGGAAAGGACUGUCAAGGUAGAACGCCGUCAUCGUUAUUGCCAUCAAUGCGUGCUAAUUGUUUACUCUAAGAACUUUUAUGCCAGCUGAUGUUCCGAAGAUAGAUCCCAGAAGAACUUUUAUGCUCGAUUUUCCGAAGAUAGACAACGCCGCUAUCCAGUGUAUACGAAGCGGAUGACGCGGUUGGCUAUUUGAAGUUUGCGCGUGAGAUUUUUUGAGACGCAUUAUGGGACUGGUUUUGGGACGUUAUCGCUUCUGUUACUAUAACUAUAACUAGGCUACCAAAGAACUAAGUAAAACGUAUCCCUAAGAACAGUCCAUAUUGUACUUUGACCCAACUCACCCAGUCUCAGAUACAGCACACAAUGCGGGCUUCUCAGUUUUUGUAACAGUUACCCCGCUGUGGAUAGUAAUUUAUCCAGCUUUUUGAGCUGCCGGCCGAAAUCUCUUUUCCGGAUAUUCCGCAAAGACCGUGUUGGAAUACGAUGCCAAAACGCUAUCUUAGUUUGUGUCUUCACUGUUGUUCGCGUUAUUUACCCUUUUUAACCCUAAAAAAUGCUUUAUGGUUUUGCCAGUGGGACUGUAGCCUGCGAAGCAACCGUUUCUUCUCGCUCCUUGCCGUUAGGGACGUUUAGCGCGAGAGACGAGAGAGACUCCGGUGAAAAGGUUCCACGCGGCGAGGAGUGAAGAGAAACGGCUGUAUUCGCAGGCUACGUGAUCACGUGAGACUGACAAUUUUGGAGUAAGGUUUGUCCCGCCCGUAAUUUUCCCUCAAGUAUCGCAUAUAACUACGAAGUUUUACCUAAAUAUUUUGUACCUCAGUAAUUUUAUUUUGGCUAUCUGACUGCUGACUCGGAUUUGCUUUCUUUAUAGAUAUUGAUGAAUGUGCUACUGGGAUGCACAAAUGUACUGUACAUGACAUAUGCAAUAAUACUCAUGGGUCUCACAAUUGUACACGUGAGUCAGUUUUAAACUGCACAAAUCUUUAAUUACGAAAAUUACCAGGUUUUAAAGUUUAUAGCUUUUGUGGACUUAAUGUAGAUCUUUAGACGACUAGGAACUCCAAAACAGCGAUGAAACACCAGCAGCUAUACCGUGUGGUAAUAUGCUACAUUUUCUACCCUGUGAGCAAGGUCUCCGUGGCGCUCUGGCGCUUUCUUCCCCACCCACCUACCCCCGGGAGAGCUUGCUGGCAGGCCAUGCAUUUUCUAGUUUGAAGAGUCUCGAUGUGAUUAGCCGUUAGCCGUAAAACAUUUGGUCAUUAGACGUAAAAAAUGAAAAUUUUAAGUGUUAGUCGUACGUAGAAAAAAAGUUAACCGUAAAAAUUUUUCUAGCCAAAAUUUGUCAUGUAAAGAGUGUCAAUAUUACCUGUCAGGACUUCACGCGCUUUGUCUUGUGGCUCAUGGUCCUUAUUUCAGCGCUAUCCUCCUCUCUUUGAAAUCGAUGGAAUGGUCCUUAACCAAAAGAAACUUCUUGGUUUCAAAACAAAUGAUUUUUCUUCUGAAGAUGUCUGUUAACCGAAAUGGAGAGAAAUUAACCGCUAGCAGUAGACAAGCCAAAAUAUCGAAAAAUAUCAACAGUUAACCGUAUGUUCGCAUUGUCAACAUAUUUCGAAGUUUAAUACUAAGAAUAAUUUGCACAUUAACUAACUUUCUAUAAUCUCAACAUGUUCCCGUUUAUGUAUGGGUUUCUCUUUUAUUUUCAAUUACGCAGCAAUGUCGUGUGAAGAACUUUACCAUCGGAAUAUGUAAGUACCAUGAAAGGCUUUAAAAUGGAAGAAAAUUGUAUCUCGCACUCACAUUACACGUGCGGCAAAGGGAGUUAAUCCUAACUCUGAAGAUUUUACGUUUGUUUACUAAAAACUCCCUGCACAAAGUAAAGUAAAGAAAAGUACAGUAAAACUUUAUUUACACAGGGUAGCCCAUUUAGCUCUAAGGCUGGUCUCCAUAGGGGCCCUAUCUUAAAAAAUUAAUUUACAUUAAAAAUUAUCAUAAACUUACACAUUUGAAGAGCUUAAUAAAAAUGCAAUAAUAGAAUUUAAGAACUACAUUAAAAAGCCUAAAAAAUACAAUCCAAAAUCACAUUUAAAGUCUAAAAUAUAAUAAAAUAUCAAAGUUCUGAUAAAAAGAAAUGUCUUGCGCGGUGGCAGAGCGUCUGUUAGUGAAUCUUGUCACUCUUCACAAUGUUUAAAGGGAGUUUGUUAAAAAUUUCUGCGCCAGUAAACAAUCACACAUAAUAACAAAACAAGGAAACAAAGAAGGUGGACUGAAACUCUUGACACGAGGAGAAUAAAACAAAAAAUGUAUAUGGGACUAGUAAACCUAAUCUCUGGCUUAGUUUCUCGAAGGCCAUUUAGCCUGGAUCCAAAGUUAUCUUUUUGCGACGUAGCCCUUUGUCUUUAUCUAAUGAAUAAAAUGCAUUGAGCUCUUAUUAUUUUUCCAUUCCCUUACUCUUCUUUUUAGAGCGUUUUCAGCUCAUAGCCAACCGACGCUAAGCCAUUUUAUCUGAACAAAUGAAAGUUUUUGCAAAGGGAAAGGUUUAACUCCCACAGGAACACCAACAUGGUCGCUAUUUUAUUUUAGACACCAACAUGAUUGUUUAUUUCAUUUUAGAUCCAGAGAAAUGAUAUCGUAUGAGCGGAUUGCAGUAUAUGGAAAAAGCUUUGUCUACUGCGAAAUAAACGAAACUAUUCUUGGACCAUGUAGCGGCGGUAUUUGGACGCUGGUCAUGAAGAUUGAUGGUUCAAAGGUACAUAACGUUUAACAAAUCCUACAGCUUCGGUGUACAUCAGCAAACCUUAAUCUCAGGGUUUUCCUCCUUUCAUAGGCGUACGGGCUAUUUUUUGCCAGGGGGGGCGGUAAACCAUUUGCCCAAAAAAUGUUUGCAAGUUGCCCAAAUUUUUACAGAACAGUCGAACAGAAACGAGGGCCGAUGCAACAAGAUAGGCCGUACUGGCAUAUGAAAAUGGCUUCAUACAGUUUGUCAUGGUCAAUACCUGCCAAGUUUGAGCAUAAACUACGUCGCCAUAAACAAACAUUUGGAAAAGUUGCCACCACAGGUGUAUUAGAUAAAGAUGAAAAUUUGUUGUGAUCAGGGUUGCAAUGACAUCGGAGUUGUUAUAGCAACGAAAUGAAGCCAUUACCUAUUAUACUUGCAGCAAUAUUUCUCUCUGGGAACUGUUCUUCUAAAAUCGAUCACAGGAGCUUUUUCCUCCAAUAGUCGCCUCGAUGUUCGUGACGUUAAAACGGAAUCUGUAAGAGCGUUAUCGAGAUAUUUUGGAUAAAGUUUUUAUCGUUGGAAAUACGGUAAAAAAAGGAAAAUCUUGAUGUUUGGCCGUUACCUGUAGAAAACGAUGCACUUUUGACAUGCAAUUUCACCUCAUAGUAGUUUCAAUCUUUUCAAAACGUGGGUGAUAGAUCAUGGAGAUAGCUCCGGCCAGUUGCUACAAAGAAGGAUUUGAUUAGUAUGUAUCAUGGCGCUCUUGUUAGCGGUUUUGUAAACAUUUCAGUCACAAAUUAUUAUAAUUCUUCACAAAUUAUUGAAUAAUUUUUAAACCGCUCGAUAGACUUAUUAAAAAAAUCAAGAUUCUUCUCGCAAUUCAAACUGAGAAUUAGUCAGCCACUUCUUCACUUUAAGACCUAUUGUUGAUGCUAUCUGCCAUACAAAGUUAGGAAAGUUAGGCGGAAGUUUAUUCUAAUAAAUUCACGAGUGGAAAUAGCCCAUUGCAGUACAGUGCCCAGCAAUAAAAUGAUACCUUUCCCUUACAACCAGAAACUCGUCACGUGCUAGGCAGACACUGUCUCGUGUCAAUGUAACUGGAUUAUUACGCCGACUUCAGGUUAAAAUAGAAAAUAUUUAUCUCUUCAAAAUAAUAAUAAAAACAUGGAGACGUCUUUAAAAACUGGCUUUGCCCAAAUUUUCUCGAGCUGCCCAAAAAAAUCUGAGUUGCCCAAAAUUUGGGGGGGCUGCAGCCCCCCUCGCCCCCCCGGCCCGUACGCCUAUGCCUCCUUUUACGUCCCUAGACCCUCUUGUGUCUUAUUUGUCUGGGCCGGGUUGUUCAAAGCAGGGCCCGGCCUUGAGUUGGGCGUUUGCGUGUCCGCUUUUGCUUUUUCACAAAGAUUAUUUUUAAAUUGACUAUUGACAUUUCUAUGUGUAAAAUAAUAUUAGAAGUGAAAUAUAUACUUUAUAAAAAGCAUGAUCUAUCAAAUGUUAAAAUUUUUCAAAAGAAUAGCUUGUUUCAUCCAGAGAUGAUCCGAAGACCCUCAGUUUGAUUUAAAGAUACAAAAAAUACAGGUUAAUUAAUAUUUAACUUUUUGAAACAAAAGAAGUUAAUUUUUAUUUUUAUUUAGACAACCUUGUUCCCAUGGCUCUCUCCUCUUACUCUCCUCCUCCCAGAGAACUCUGGGAACAAGGUUGUUAGUUCGGAUUCGUUACCGCUCAUCAACUUAAGCGAUUUGCACAAACACACUCCUCCCUAUCCUAAAUUACCAAAAGUCGAUGAAAGAAACUAAUUAUUAAAAAAAUUUACGCAACAGAAAGUCUCUCAAUAUAUUAAAGUCAAUAAAAAGGACUAAACAUUUCAAGUGACAGAGUUGUUGUAAGACACGAUUUCCCUCGAACAACAAAUACGAGUUUCAUCGCGGAGCAUUAUAGGAGGCUUAAGCAAAGGCGUCUUUGAGCGACGCACGUCAAUCUGAAGUGAGAUGUUUUCCCUUUCCUUUAAUAUGCCUCCCGCUACCAAAUUUUUAUGGUUAGUGUCUUUACUCUUAAAGAGACGAGUUACAGUAAAAACCCACGUAUAAGAACCAGAUUUUUCCAACUUAGCCUAAAUAGGUUCUUAUUGAAAUGGUAUUUAGUGGGAUUUUAGGCUACUUAGGUUCUUAAAUAGGUUCUAAAUUUUGAUAGGGGCACCAGCGAUCAGCACAGAUAACUACUACAAGGCAUAAUUAUGUGAUAUGGAAUAUGUUGCUGUAUUAAAUAAUUAUCUAGAAUACAGUUUAGAUGAUAACCACGCAGUAAUUUUAUCUUUCCAAAGUAGUACCAUGCAUGUCUUUCAUGCUGUAGUAUCCAUAAAAUGCCGUGUUACAUUUUGAAUCUUACUGACUGAAACCUAGACUUAAUUUUCUUUUUUCCGGGUGUAUUUUCUUCUCCACUGCCUUCAUUUUUGUAAAAUAAGAACCUAUUGAAAACUUUAGGCUAAAUAGGUUCUUCUGAAAAGGGGGUUCAAAAUGAAAAUUUUAGCCUAACAGGUUCUUAAAUUGUAGGUUCCUAUAUGUGGGUUUUUACUGUAUCCGAAAAUUUGGGCAAAACUCAAUGCCCAAGAAUGCAACAGAUCCACGCCAUUUGACAUGCGUCGUUCAAAAACACUUUUGCUUUAGCUUCCUGUUAUAUCACUACUCACUUUGACAACCUAAUCAAUAGGCAAACUUCGAGUACGACUCUACUCUUUGGAGCAAUAACGAAACAUUUAACCUUGCUGGUGGUCAAACUGGGUUCGAUCAACAGGAGACCAAGUUGCCAACUUACUGGAACACGACCUUCUCCAAAAUCUGCCUAGGAAUGAAAAUCUUGGGACGGGAUAAGAAACAUUUUAUCCUCAUAAACAAGACCGCUGACUCUUUGUUCUCACUAAUCGCUGACGGGCAACACCGCGCCACGUCACUGGGUCGUGAGACGUGGAAAUCACUCCUCGGUUCCGAGGGAUCCUUGCAGCUUAACUGCAACAUGGAAGGGUUCAACGUUUUUGAGGGUGUCUGUGCAAAAACAAGAAUUGGCAUUGUUGCUAACAACGAAAACAGUUGUUUUGUCUGCUCCGACUCCAGAAUCGGGUUUGGUUGUGGUGGAGCCCAUGACCCGUCGAACACGUGUGGUAACGCCGCAAAAUACGAUACAGAUAAUGGCGAUAAGGAUCUUAAGGCCAUGGGAUAUAUCCUUGUGCAGUAACAUAAAGUGUUCAUCUCAGUUACCAAGACUCAGUUCACAGGCUUGUUUCCAGUUCGGAUGUGGCGUCACCAAUCAAGCUUGACGGGAGAAUUCGCGCUCGGUUCCAAGCCUCCUUCGUUCACUCGGAU